AUGAAGAAAGAAGCAAGCCAAGGGGCGAUGGCAGCGGGAGAGCGGAGAGUGGUGGGCGGGCAAGCUAUCGCCUCAAUCUGCUGGCUGAACCGUUGUGCGGAUCCCCGCAGCAGAGCACUGGCGGUUAGAGGUGCGGCUCCAUGCUGCACGACGACAAAUUCGACGAGCGGGAAGCCUGACAGGGUCGUGGUCGAAGGCAGAGAGGCGAGCGCGCGACGGGCGGCUCUUUCACCUCGUCCACCUGGUCUCGUCGGCAUCUCGCACUCUGACCCGCAACCACCCCCGCGUCGAACGGGACGCUCGUUCUCCCGCUCACGCGCUCGCUUCAUUGCCGCCCGGCUCUUGCGGCUCGUCGGCUCUUUCGCUUGCGAUAACUCAGACGAGGCCAGUGGGGCGCACCCAUCGUCUUCGGGACUGCUUCAACGCUCUCCCUCCUCCUCACACACUUGCAACUCGACUGCAAACAUGCCCGUCGCCGUCCCCAUUGCAUCGCACACCACCGUCCCGCUCAAGCCCAAGACGUUCACUCCUCGCUCGAAUCCACCGCACCCGCUCUCGACACUCCAGCCUGACGAGCUCCGUGUCGCCGCACGAGUCGUCAAGGAGUACAACUCGACGAAGAAAUGCCUCUUCCGUCGCAUCCUCCUCAUCGAGCCGCCCAAAAAUGAGGUCGUCCCUUACCUCGAGGCUGAGUUGGCUGGCAAGCCUCUCCCCAAGCCGCCCAUACGCAGGGCGCAAGCCCUCUUCUACUUCGCCGGCGGAACAGAGUUCAUGGAGGCUACGGUCGACAUGACUAACGCCCGCCUCCUCGGCCAACGCCACCUCGCAGGCGAGCACGGCCCUGGAGACGACGAAGAGGUGCUCAAGAUAGCCGAGAUCUCGCUCGAGUCACCGAUGGUCAAGAAGGAGCUCGAGCGCCUACAGCUUCCGGAGGGAAGCGAGGUUAUUGCGGAGCCUUGGCCCUACGGCAGCGACGAGACCGAGACGCCUACUCGCCUCUCGCAAGUCUGGUUCUUCCUCAACCACAAGGAGAACAAGGAUCACCCGUCAGCCAACUUCUACGCCCACCCUCUCGACUUCAGCUGCGUCGUCGAGAUCAGCAAGAUGGAGGUGAUCCGCAUCGACCGCCUCCCGACCGAUACGAACAUGACGAGCGAGUCGCCCGAUGCUCGUUACGUCCCGAACAAGGAUUGCGAGUAUGCGCCCGACUUGGUCGAAGGCGGCAUUCGCAAGGACCUCAAGCCGCUGCACAUCGUCCAGCCUGAAGGCGUCUCGUUCACGAUUGCCGACGACGGCGAGACGAUCAACUGGCAGAAGUGGUCGUUCAAGUGUUGCUUCGACGUCCGCGAGGGGAUGAUCUUGCGCAACGUUUGCUACGACGGCCGACCGGUAUUCUAUCGCAUGGCGCUGAGCGAGAUGACCGUUCCCUAUGGCGACCCCCGCGCUCCGCUGCACCGCAAAUCCGCCUUCGACCUCGGCGAAUGCGGCGCCGGCCAAACCGCCAACAACCUCCAACUCGGCUGCGACUGCCUCGGCGUGAUCGCCUACCUCGACGGGAUGAGCUGCUCGCAUGAUGGCGAGCCCGUCAGGAUUCCGAAUGCCAUCUGCAUUCAUGAGCAGGAUGCGGGACUUGGCAGCAAGCACACAAAUAUCCGCACGGGUCGCGCGGAUGUAACUCGUACCCGCGAGCUAGUCUUCCAGCUUAUUGUUACGGUCGGCAACUACGAGUAUGCGCUGUAUUGGAUCUUCGACACCGCCGCCGCCAUCCACUACGAGAUCCGCGCGACGGGCAUCAUGAGCGUCACGCCCGCCGAUGCGAGCGCGGACGUCUCCACACUGGGCUAUGGCAACCUCGUCGCAGAGGGUGUCUUUGCGCCUCACCACCAACACAUCUUCAACCUCCGCAUCGACCCCGCCAUGGACGACUACCGAUCCAAUGCCGUCACGUACGAAGACACGACUGCGAUGCCGCGCGAUCCGCAGACGAACCCGCAUGGCGUUGGAUUCGUUACCAGGAGCACGCAGGUCCAGCACGAGUUGGCGUUCAACCUCGACUGGACGACGAACCGGUUCGUCAAGAUGGUCAACCCGAACAAGCGGAAUCGCUUCACGAAUAAGCCCAUUGGGUACAAGGUCGUCGCUCCGCCAACCCAGCUCGGCCUCGCCGACCCGACCUCAAUGCACUACAUCCGCGGCGAGUUCACCGACCACCAUAUCCACGUCACCAAGUACGCCGACGACGAGCUCUGGGGCUCGGGUGAGCACUUGUGGCAGUCUCGUGGCGGGAAGGGGGGGUGCAGGACUUGGGCGAGUCGGGGACGCGAGUUGGAGGGCGACUCGGUGCUGUGGUUCACGCUUGGGUUUACGCACAUUACUCGCCCGGAAGACUGGCCGGUGAUGCCCUCUGAGGUCUUCAGAAUGCACUUCAAGCCCGUCGGCUUCUUCGACCAAAAUCCCGCCCUCGACGUCCCGCCCUCCAUUCAGGCGAUUAAUAAGUCGCAAUACGCCUUCCCGAACGGCAACGCGUCGCCUCCUGCGCCUACGACGAACGGCGUGAACGGCCAUGCGAAGACGAAUGGGUCAUGUUGCGGCAAGUAG